AUGAAUCCACAAGACAAGGAUCAACCAACAAUGCAGAUCCCUUUGUUUGUACUGGUCGCCACUUUAUGUAUGGCGGAGGGAUUCCUGUUGCCUGGAGACGUCUGUCCAUUCAACCAUAAAUGCACGUGUACAUUUCAUCGCAUAGAUUGCAGUUAUCGGUACCUAACGUCUGUGAUGAACUUCACCUCUUACAAUCAGCACGCUGAUUAUGUAGGGCUCAAUCACAACUUCAUAACAAGCAUCCAGGCAAACGCUUUCUCCACCCUGUUUUCCGCGUCAUCUAGACGCAUUCUAAUCAGGUUGGAUUAUAAUAGAAUUGACAGUGUGGAUAUUGACGCGUUUGCGGGUAUGCCCAGUAAUGUUACGGUGGUUGUCUACUUAAAUGAUAACAACCUGAAAUCUAUACCUCCAGCGCUAGAGAAAAUAUCUGGGUUGUCUUCCCUUUACGUUCAAGACAAUCCCCUGACUAAUAUUGAUGUAUUGGCAACCAUUGGGCCAGCUUUAAGUGUGUUAAGCUUAAGUAUAAAUAACUUCCAAGCCUGGCCAACACAGUUCCAAAAUUUGACACAUAUCGUUCAUUUGACAUUGGACAAAAUUCCUUUCAAAAAUCUAAGCAGUAACGCUCUGAAAAGUGUGGACAGUUUGACCUCGCUCACUAUAUCAGACUCAGAAUUGGAACACGUCCCGGAGGCCAUAUGUGUACUAAAGGAUAUGCAAUUGUUCUAUUUUAUUAAGAAUAAGAAACUGAAUCAGGACCGAAAACCACUGGUGCCGUGUCCAGGAUAUGUGCUAAAUUAUGUCUCAUUUGUUGAUAUGAGCGAAAACGAGCUAAGCGCUUUCCCAAACGUAUUCGAUACCUUUCCGUCAGUAAAACGACUCCAGUUGAUUGGUAAUAAAAUUCAUUACGUCGAGUCUGACGUCAUACCCCAUCACACACUGGUGGAGAGACUUUACCUAGACGGAAAUCAAAUGAAGCGUAUUCCCGGAAAACUCACUCAGUUCUCGGCUCUGAAACAAUUAUUUUUAUCUAAUAAUGACAUUUCUACCAUUGAAGAUUGUGAUCUAGCAGGAUUAAGGCAACUGGACCAAUUGUCCCUCAACAAUAACCCAGUGGAAUAUGUAUCCAAGACUGCACUAACUGACGCUCAUCUACUUCAACGCUUAGAACUAGGAAACACGAAUCUGCGUAAAAUUCCUGAAGCACUUUCACCUCUCUCAAAACUCUCGUAUUUGAACGUAACCGGAAGUCCGAUAGAAUGUGACUGUUCCAUGAAAUUUCUAAGAUCCGCCCUUCCGCUGGACGUUCAGGGCACUUGUACUUCCUCCACCCAAACAAUCAACGAAUACAUCGCCAGCUCUGCUGGGUCAUGCCCGUAAUUACAGACUGCAUAUGUUACAAUAUACCACAUCAA